AUGGAUAGCACGGUGCCUGCCUCGAGUUCAAAAGGUGGGGAGCCUGCUCCUCUCCUUAUUCACAAAUUUGUCCCCUCGCGUCCCAAAGUUGAAUUACUCGAAGGUCUUCCAGAACCGAUCAUAUAUAACGUUGUUUCAUCGGUGGACCUGGCUUGUCCGAUUGAGUUAAGGAAAGUUGUUAUGUACAUCAGAAAUGCCGAAUAUAAUCCGAGGCGUUUCACUGGAUGCGUCAUCAGACUUCGAGAACCGCGCGUAACUUGUCUGCUUUUUAGUACUGGAAAAAUGGUUACUACGGGCGGCAAAUCAGAAGAAUCAAACAAUUUGGGCGCUAGGAAAUGUGCUCGUGUGAUACAAAAGCUGGGUUUUCCUGUACAGUUCAAUAAUUUUCGAAUACAAAACGUGGUUGGAAUAGUCGAUCUGAAGUUCCCCAUUCGUCUUGAAGGUCUGCUUAUGGCCAAUGAACAAAUGUCCCAGUAUGAGCCAGAAAUUUUCCCUGGUCUUAUUUAUCGGAUCAUUAAUCCAAAAUUGGUAUUCCUAAUCUUCGUAAAUGGGAAAGUUAUCAUAACCGGUGCGAAAUCAGUGGAAUUGGUUUACGAGGCUUUGAACAAAGUAUACCCAGUUUUGAGGAACUUUAGGAAGAUGGCUUGA